AUGCGGAUUGCAAAUUUUCUAUCCUUAAAAAAUGAGCCCAUCAAUCAUAAGGAAAAUAGGAGCCCUACAAUAUCACUGGCUAUAGUGAUAGAGGACAAUGCUAACAACGUGGCAGAAAUUUCAAUUCUUUUAUCACAGUUGUUUGUUAUUCUGAAAAAAAAAAGCAAAAAAAAAAGCGCUAUGGUAGCACAACUGCUGAUAUGAUUACAAAACAUUCUGCUUUUUUUUUAUUUAGCUUGUCCUAAUGAUGUGGAAGAAAGAAGAGACAGUGAGAAAAUGA